AUCUUCGGGGUCGAAACGAAUGAAACAUUGAACAACUUAACCAAUUUUAUGAACAUGGCGGCGAAAACAAACAACAUGUGCAAAAUGAUUAUAAAAGGCUGUUAAAUUGGAUGUGGAGCUACUACUGACAAGAUGGACAGUAUUGUCUUGGGUAACGUCUCCAUGGACCUGGACUCUAGUCAUGAAGAGAGAGCAGAACACCAGUGCGACUUCUGUCACGUCUCCUACACGACAGAUACGGAACUCCGGGAUCACCAGUGGUCAUUAAUGCAUCAUAUUAAAAUGGAAAAACAGAAAAAGGGAAGUGUCCACAAUUGCACACUGUGUUUUAUGACAUGUGCAAAUAUAAUAGAGUAUGGCAAGCAUCUAAACGAAGAGAAACAUAAGCGGGCUAUCGAGGAUUAUAGGAGGCAGAAGGAGGAGGAGGAUCUACUGAUGGGGAACGGAGGGAUCCUCAUGGCUAAAAUCAAAGAAAAAGAGGAAAUGGAGAAGACUAAACAACAAAACAAAAAGAAAUCCAAUCACGGAAAAGGGAAAGUAAACGGGGACAAUAAUUUAUCUGACCCAGACUCCAGUAACAAGAAAAAAGCGAUAGGAAAACGUCGUAGUGAUCGACUAAACCAGAGGAUGUGGGGAUCAGGAAUGGGUCACCAGAGGUCCUCCUCCCUUCCCGGUCGAAAUGCUGAUCAAAGAUCAAGGAACUUUCAAUGGGAGCGACAGUCACAUAAUGACGAUUUGCAGGUGGAUUCCAUGACAAACAAUUUUCAGAAUCCUACCUGGGGCACACGGAAUGGACAUUAUGGCCAAAUGCACCAGAAUCAUUGGGAUGUGAACAUGGGUUUUCAACAAGGUUUCAACCAGUUUCCAGACCAGAAUUACCAGCAAUCUUUUUAUGAUAAUGGGCAAUACUAUAUGUAUGACAAUUAUGAAAGAAAUGGUCAAGGGAUGUAUGCAAGGGGUAUGAGAGGAAAUAUGUUUCCUGAUAUGAACGAGGCAUAUUAUAAUGAUCCAAACAUCCCACAUGAGCUGGAGAAUUCUUCAGGUGUCCCUGAAAAAUAUAUACAGUGGGUUGAGCCUUCUCAUGGAUUUCAGGAUAAUUACUCACCAAGAGGUAGAAGAACAAAUAGAUGGAGUAAAAAUAACACACCCAGAAACAGCUUGAGAACAGACAAUUUUAGAGGCAAGAGCAAUCAGAAUGCAGAUAGAAAGCCAUCACACUCUCAUGGUAACCAGAAUAAUGAUGGAAGUGGGAAGGAUUUCAAGGAAAUUGCAAAGCCUAAAGACAAAACUGAGCACUCGCAUACAGACAUCAAAUUGCAGGUCACAGAUGAAGUAUUGCAAUCAACAAACUGCAGAUUAAGCCCUAAGUCUGAUCGUUCCACUGGAAGUCUGCGAGAAAGCAGAAAUAGGUCAGAAAGCUACGAGAAAGGUGGUACUAAACGUCGGAGAUACAAUUCACCAUCGCACUCCACAGAGCAAAGACGAAGGCAGGAUAAAGAAUCAAAGAACACCCAUAUUCGAUUUGCAGAUGAUGAGGAUGUUUCCGAAAAACCUGUGCGAUUUGUGGAUGAAGCAGAUAGUACUACUAGCAGUGCAGACAAAGAGGACCUCUCCAGUAGCUCAAGUGGCAGGAAUGGAGGACGGCUCAAAGAGAAAAAGAAAGGUAUACUAAAGAAAAAGAAGAAGAAUGGAGUGAAAGGUUCACCCCCAGGGUCUCCCAAGAGGUCAAGCAAAAAAGGUGAAAAGGGAGGAGAAGGGGUAUUAGAAAAGGCAGAAAAACUGUGCAAGGAACUUAGGGAAAAGAGAGAGAAAGCAAAGCUUGAGAGAGAAAGAAAGAUGAAAGCAGAACAGAAAGAAAAGCUGGAAAAUAUCAACCAAGAAUUGAAGACUUUAUCCGACAAAAGUAAGGAAUAUGUGAAAGGACAUAUUUCUGCAGAAGAAACCACACAAUCUGUAGACUCGAGUGCCAAAAACAGAACUGGAAGUGAGAAAAACAGUAUUUCCAAGUUAAGUCAGUCUAACAAAGAAAUCGAGAAAAUAAGACAGAAUAUUGAGAAAAGUGUGCAAAGUGUGAAUGAGAUACAGAAGCUACAGAGUUCCUCAGGAAAGGAAAGAAACUCCAGAAAGGAAGACUCAAAGAGCAGUGCCAAGAAAUCAGAAACAUCAACAAAUAAAUCCAAAACAGGACUCCAGGAAACAUCUGUAAGGGAGCCCAGCAAGAAAGAUACAAAACCUGACAGCUGUGAAACAAGAAAAGGGAAAGAAGGCACUGUUAAUAAAUCGUCUGCCAAAGAAAAACUGACCACUGACUCUUUGUUAAAAAUGGUGAAUUCUCCAAGGUCAAGGAAAGAGAGACAGCAACUGGCAGGAAUGUUAAGAUCCUAUGCCCAAUCACAGAAGAAAUUGUCCCUGCCUCGUUAUAAUCUUGAGCUCUCAGGGAGUUAUGAUAACGAUUUAGAUGGCAAAAUUGAGGAACUCAGAUUAGAGGAACUAUCACCAGAAGUGCAGAUUCAAAUUGCUCAGCUUAUGGAGGCAGAUGCCACACCAGAUCUUAACGAUCUAGAAAUGGCAUUGAUGUCGUCUUCAGAUAAAGCAAAGAAAAUUGAUAAAAAAUCAGACUCGAGAAAGAAUAGCAUUGCAUCUCAGUCUGACUCACUAAAUCAAUACCAGGAGUCAGACAAAACCCUAAAGGGUAGCUCAAAAGAAAGGUCCAGAACCAUGUCUACAGAGUCAGACAAAAAGAGAAUAACAGAGAAGAGGAGGAAAGACUCAGAUACCACACAACCACAGAAACCGAGUGAGCAUUCCUCUCAUACCUCCGUCAUUGUCAAAAGUGAACCCAUGGAUACAGAAUAUGAUAAACCAGCCCAAAUAUCUUCCACAAGUCCAGACAUUACAACAGGUCUUGUAACAUCAACCACAUGUCUGGGAGAGAAUGAAAAAACAUUGUCUACAUCAAGUGCUGUUCCAUUACCCAGAAUGCCCCAGUUCUCAAACCAACUUCCUCAGAAGACAUCAACACAAGGGGAUGUACCUCUUCCUACUUUAUCAGGUUCCAUGUCAUCUCUAGAAAGUGGCCGAUCCACAGAGAGUUUGUUUGACACAGUGUAUGACAUCAGUGUUAAGGAAGAAGCCUUGCGGAAAGAAAUUACGGAAGUAGACCAAUUUAUACAAUACUUUCGAAAUGUGAUAGAUGAAGCCACGAUACAACUCAACAGAUACAAUGAAAGAAAACUGCGGUUACAAAGUGAAGAUGAGAAGUGGAGAGGACGCAGGCUAAGAAUACUCCAUGAAGCCAAGUUUCAACAGAGAUCAGGCCAGUCCACACCCCAGCUGUCAGAAUUUGAAGACCAGAUCGGGGCCCCAGCGCGGGAGGAUCGUGGGAAGGCUGUGACUCUGAGUCAAACUUCACACAAUUCUGAGCCUCAGGUAUCGUCGUACAAUGACCCUCACACUAGUACUUUGUUGAAUGUUUUGAAUCGUAACCAGCGUCUAGAGCCGGAACGCGAUAGACAAGGUUGUGCUUCUUCUUCGUUCGGCACUGCUAACUCCUCAGUUCAUGCUAACCCUAACACCAAUGCUUCUGAUUCCAUUCUUGCUCAGUUGAGAAAUUUGUCUUCGAAUCUUCAAAAGGAAGCUAUUUCCAUGGAGACAGAGAAUAAAUCAGAUAACAGAUUACCUAGGGAUUUUGCUUCUAUUAAAAAGAAACCAGAAGAAGAUAAUCCUGUGACACAUGGAUCUUUAGGAGGCACGACAAUGCCAGCCAGUUUUAAAUCGUCGGUUAUGGAAGACACCAGAACAAAAGCAGGAGACGGCUUGAACAAGGGAACAAAAAUCAGCAGUGAUACUCAGUCUCUUCCUCCUAAACCUGUGAAGUCCACCACAAAUCCUGUCAACAGGAGAUCCGAGAGCUCUGAUGUCAGGAACAGCUUGAGUAUAACCCACAGUGCAGACCUUAAGGAUGCAGGAUUCAUUACUCUGAACUCCUUAAUUAAAACCUCUAAUCUUAAUGAGGCCAUAGACUCUGAUGACGAGCCUCUAGCGAAUGUCAUGAGACGACAGAGGCAGGAUUCUCUCAGGUCUGAGGAGAGUCAGAAUAAAGGGGAGAGUGAUGACAGUGCAAAUGAAGGAAAGAAGUUCAACAUGCAAUAUGUGGGGACUCUAGGAGUGGACAGUAAGGAAUUCCUCAAUCAGCUGGGCAAUCGUCAGGGUAGUGGUCAAGAUCAAGGUCCCUCCUAUAUGGUGCUGGACAAAGACUCUGAUGCCUACCAACACAUCCAGUCCCUCAUUAAAGGGGGAAGGACAGACAGUUGUGAAACUUCAGUCGCUGCUUCCCAAAAUACUGACAGCAAGGAGAAGGACAACAAGAGUGGGACACGUCGUAUUAGAGGACUCAGGAGUGGACAUGCUAGUGAUUCUAAUUACGAAAGUGUUAACAGCAACUGCUCACUAGGGGAACAAAUCCGUCAGUAUGCGAAUCUCAAUAAGAAAGGGUCAAAACAAGGUGAGGUGACUGUGAUAAAUACUGACUCUGACAGUGAGCAGAGUGAUAGAACUAUACAGGAAAACCCAGCUCUGCUGAGUGACAGCUGCACCCCUGUCAGGAUGGUAACAUCCUGCUCCACUGGAAUCCAAAACCUCAAUCUGGACUCCAGUCCACUAUUGGCCGCAAGCCAACAAAUUCGUCACGGGAGGGAGGAGGAACGAACAGCUCCAGUGGCAGAAGAGAGCAGGAGUUUGUCGCCAUUCAGAAAGAAGUUGCGGACCAAGAAAGAGAGGGACAGAAUUUCAUUGAGGAAACAGAAGGAGGGCUAUGUUCUGGACUCCAGCUCUGAUGGAGGGAAUUCAGCUGAUGGGGAAAGUGUUCCCAAGCUGACAGACAUUAAACAACAGCUAGUUUUUAAGUCCUUGAGUAAUAUCCCAGCUGCCCUGAAGGCCGAGGGUCUGGACUCUGAGGAGGCAGGACUUGUAGAGACAGGGUCAGAGGACACAGAACAAGUGAUACUUAUCAAACAGGAAGGAACAGCGGGGGAGCAGCAGAGGAGUCUACUGGAGGAUGUACAGUUAGAGACGGAGUCGGAGGACAAUCGGCAGCUCGCAGUGGAGGCGAAGGAGAGGUUGUCCUUAGACAAAAAAGUAAUGGAAAACUUUAGGAAGGCAGUGGAAAACAUGAAGUCCACGCUUGGGCUGUCUGCCCUACAAAUCCCAGAAGACUCCUGUCAGUCCCUCCACAGGGAACCUGUUCAAUUCCAGGGGCCAAAGGAGAUCAUCUCGGGCUUGGAUGUCUUUGAAAACUUCCUCUAUGUCUCCUAUCAAGGAAAAAUCAUCAAGAGGUUCAACUUGCUGACUGGAGAGUUGAAUUUUGAAUUCAACACAAUGAGUUACAAUGUUUUAUGUAUACUCGUAUCAAAAGAAAAAAAGAGACUUUAUGUGGGAACCUCUGAGAUGAUGCUCCUUUCGUACUGCUGCGAGACAAAGAAGCCACUGAAAGUGGAGGCAACUGAAGGCAAGCCUCAGUGUUUUUGUGAGAGCUGGGGACAUCUAUAUAUGGGCACAGACUGCGGGACAGUUGUUGUUAUGUCAUUGAAGAAUGACAAAGUAUUAGACACAUUUCACUGUGCAGACCGGUCAAUAAGUCGGAUUUGUUCGGCCACAGAGGGUGUUAGAAGAGUCAUUCUGGUGGCCUCAUUUGAUGCCAUCAUUUAUGUGUAUGACAGCAACACAGGCUUACUGAUCAGGAUGUUGGAGGGACACACCAGAACUCCAUUCUCUCUGCAGGUUGAUGAUCAUCUGGUGUUUAGUGGAUCAGGGGACAAAACUGUGAUGGAACACAGCAUAUCAACAGGAGAGCUUCUCUGGACUUAUACAGAAGCUGCUGGGAUUGUCUCGUGUGUUUGUACCCAUGGCGACCAGCUAUUUAGUGCAUCCUACGAUCGACUCAUACGCUGCUACAACAAAAAGAGUCGGAAGCUGUUGCGACUGUACUAUGGUGCCGGGGCAGCCGAGGCCUUGAUAAUUAAGAUGACAAUCAGUCAGGGAAUGUUGAUCACCGGGAACCGAACAGGACUGGUGGAAGCAGUUCCAAUCAGUGAACAAAACCACACCUGUCAGUGCUCAGAAUGUGAUUUCGUGUUUGCAUCAAGGACACAUCUUGUUUAUCAUGUGGUUCAUGACCAUGUAAUAAGCAAAGUCCGUCCCAGCAAGAAGACACCUUGUCCAUGGAAGAACUGUAAAGAAAAAUUCCAGUCAACAAGCCCUAAAGAGGUUAUUGAGGAGCACAUCAUUGUGCAUGCCUAUUCAUAGAAGGAAUGAAGUGUGAUUUUCUUUACUGUGAUAUCUGGAGUUCAUUCCGGUCUUCUCCACUCAACAGAUGACUGUCUACGUGACACUGAUUAAAGAAUUUGUCCAUGAAUUGUAAGAGUCUAUGUGACACUGAUUAGAGAAUUUGACCAUGGAUUAUAAGAGUCUAUGUGACAUUGAUUAGAGAAUUUGUCCAUGGAUUAUAAGAGUCUAUGUGACAAUGAUGAGAGAAUUUGUCCAUGGAUUAUAUUAAGAGUUUAUGUGACACUGAUUAGAGAAUUUGUCCAUGGAUUAUAAGUGUCAAUGUGACACUGAUUAAAGAAUUUGUCCAUGGAUUACAAGAGUCAAUUUGACACUGAUGAGAGAAUCUGUCCAUGGAUUGUAAGAGUCUAUGUAACACUGAUUAGAGAAUUUGUCUGUGGAUUGUAAGUGUGCUCAUUUUUCUACCAAGGUUUUGAACUUACAUGGAUUGGAAAUGCUGGUGUUUAUCUGUCCAAUCAUCUACAAACCACAACUGUUUUGAUAUUUGGUGCCAAAUAUUUCUCUUUGUGAGCUGUAUAGAUCUCCAAUAUAUCAACUUAUUGUUUGCCGAUAACAUCAGUGUCCAUCAGAUUUAGAUGUAUUGCACAUAUUACAUUGUUCCCCAUUUUCCUUGACGAACAGGUAUCAAAACUUGUUGAUACACUAUACAAUGGUAUGCUUUGGUUAGUUACAUUGAGCAGCAAGGUCUUGCUCCUUUGAUUAUUAUUUACAAAAUGCAUGCACCUCCUUUGACUAAUUGCACAUGCUUGUUUUUAAAGUAAAGGCAGGGAUAUUUACAUAAGGGUACAUGUAUUUUAAUGAGCAGUAGCUCACACUGCAUUUUGUUUUUUAUGAGCAUUUAAUUUUGGAUGCUGCAUUUACUUGAUAGAAUUUUAAGAAGCAUGUAAAGCCAUUUAUAAUACUACAUAUUUAUCACUGAAGGAUCUUGCCACUGCUGCUGCUGAGGAGAAGGUAGUCAUUUCUCUACUGACUCAUAUUACCUGGCAUUUAAUAUGGCGUACAAUUGUUUUGACUGCAUUAUUUUGUGCACAUGCUAAUUAAGAGUACCACUUUGAUUAAAGAAAUAAAAUGGUA